UGUUGCUUUGCUCAUCUUCCCAAAAGCUAAUCACGUUUUUAUUUUGGCAGCUUUCUGAGAACAAGUUGUUUCCUUUGUUCUCGCCUUUUUUUUUCUUAUAAAGACACAUUCCCUAAGUAGGCUAAGUGAGAGAGUGAGGUGAGGAGUCGGAGCUGAGUGAAAGCAGAUGAAGCGGACUGCUUCGUCCAGCUCCUCCUCUCCUCUUCCCCCUCUGCAGCAGCAGCAGCAGCAGCAUCAACAGCAGCAGGAGUUUCAGCUGGAUCAGACACGAUGGUAGCAGCGCACACUUCGUCUCAUGCUUCGGAAUCUGCCGAGUGGAUUAUUUGUCUGGAUAAAAGACCAGCAGAGCGCUCGGGUGAAGAUGUCGACAUAAUCCUGGCACGUCUAAAAAAUGUGAAGGCUUUGGAGAGAUUCCACCCUCGUUUGCUGCAGCAGAUUUGUCUGUGUGGGUUCUACGAGUGCUUGGAGAAAGGGGUCACUUUGUUUCGCCAGGGAGACAUUGGUACGAGCUGGUAUGCUGUCCUGUCUGGUUCCCUGGAUGUGAAAGUGUCUGAAACAUCAAGCUAUCAGGAUGCCGUCACUAUUUGCACACUGGGGACCGGCACGGCGUUCGGAGAGUCGAUCCUGGAUAACACCCCCAGACAUGCUACGAUUGUCACUCGGGAAUUCAGCGAACUCCUACGUGUUGAACAAAAGGAGUUCAGGUCUCUGUGGGAGAAAUAUCAUCACUGCAUGGCUGGACUUCUUCCUCCACCCUAUGGCGUGAUGGAGAGCGGUGGGUCUGACAGAAUGCCAGAAAAGAAGAACAUAAGGAAAAAUUCAUUUGUUUCAGUGUCCAGGCAUCCAAAUAAGAAGUCCUUUCUUGAAAGUCCAGCCAAAGUCCACGCUAAAAGCUUGCCUCAGGUUCCCUCUGAGAAGAUCCUGCUAGCGGGGAAGAUUCUCCGCAAUGCCAUCCUUUCCAGAGUGCCUCACAUGAUCCGAGACAGAAAGUACCAUCUGAAGACGUACAGGCAGUGCUGUGUGGGGACAGAGUUGGUCGACUGGCAGAUGCUGCAGAGCUCCUGCGUCCACUCCCGCAUUCAGGCUGUUGCCAUGUGGCAGGUGCUGCUGGAGGAAGGUGUCCUCAAUCACGUGGACGGAGAGACGGACUUCCAAGACAAGUACCUUUUCUACCGCUUCCUGGAUGAUGAGCAGGAGGACGCUUUGAUACCCAGUGAGGAGGAGAGGAGGGAGAGUCAGGAGGAGCUGCAGGACACACUGCUCUUCCUGUCGCAGAUUGGACCAGAUGCUCUUAUGAGGAUGAUCCUGAAGAAACCACCAUCUGAAAGAACACCAGAUGACUUGGAGAUCAUUUAUGAAGAACUGCUCCAUAUAAAGGCUUUAUCUCACCUGUCCACCACUGUUAAGAGGGAACUAGCCGGAGUUCUCAUCUUUGAGUCCCAUGAAAGAGCAGGAACAGUGUUGUUCCACCAAGGAGAGGAGGGCAAAUCCUGGUACAUUAUUUUAAAAGGCUCAGUGAAUGUCGUCAUCUAUGGGAAAGGUGUUGUCUGCACUCUCCAUGAAGGAGAUGACUUUGGGAAGCUGGCGCUGGUCAAUGACGCCCCCAGAGCUGCCUCCAUUGUCCUUCGAGAGGACAACUGUCAUUUCCUGAGAGUGGACAAGGAGGACUUCAACAGGAUUUUGAGGGAUGUGGAGGCCAACACCGUGCGUCUGAAGGAGCACGGUCAAGAUGUUCUGGUGCUGGAGAACAGCAGCCAAAAUUCUGUCCACGGAUUCUCUGCAGCUCACCACAAGUACAACAUCAUGUCCGGGACGCCAGAGAAGAUUUUGGAGCACCUUCUUGAAAUGAUGCGUUUGGAUUCUCAGUUCACAGAGUCAGAUUCAGCCUUAGAUGAUUUUGUGCUCAUGCACUGUGUCUUCAUCCCAAACAGUCAGCUGUGUCCUGUGCUGAGAGACCACUACCAUGCCCAGGCCUCAGAGGGCUCUGACUUAGAGAAGCUGGACUACACGCUGAACAACAAGCGCCGGGUGAUCCGCCUGGUGAUGAAAUGGGCUGCCAUGCACGGAGAACACCUGCAGCAGGAGGACAUGGUCUUCCUGGAGGAGUUUCUCAUGGGUGUGUCAGAAGAUGCCAAAGUGCUUCUAGCCCUCAGGGAUCAGAUGACAGAGCUGGAGAGAAUUAUAAAAAGCAGUGCAGAAGAUGCCAGAUCCUCACAGAGAAAGCAUAAAGUCCUUCUACAGCAUUUCAAUAUGGCAGACGAGAAGCUUCAGAGACGGCAGCCUAUUAAGGGAGAUGAUGAAAUCCUGUUCAAAGUCUACUGCUGUGACCACACCUACACCACCAUCCGGGUCCCCGUGGCCUCCUCGGUCAGGGAGGUCCUCGAGGCUGUGGCGGACAAGCUGGGGUCAGCGGAGGAUCUGAUCCUGGUCGGGCUCAGUUCAGCAGGAGAGAAAGUUCUCUUCAAGCCAAACGAUGUUUCCGUCUUCUCUACGCUCAGCAUAAAUGGGCGACUCUUCGCCUGUCAGAGGGACCAGCUGGAUGUGUUGAUGCCUCUAGCUGAACAGGAGGGCCCGUCUGUAGGGUCGCUGGCCAAUUUUGAAUUGAUGAGCUCCAAAGAUGUGGCUUACCACAUGACUUUCUACGACUGGGAGCUUUUCCACUGUGUACACGAGCUUGAACUCAUCUAUCACACGUUUGGAAGACAGCACGUCAAGAAGACCACUGUGAAUCUGGAUCUCUUCCUGGAGAGAUUUAAUGAAAUUCAGUUCUGGGUAAUCACAGAGGUUUGUCUGUGUACCCAGCUGAAAGAGAGAGUUCAGCUCCUCAAGAAGUUUAUCAAGAUUGCUGCUCACUGUAAGGAGUACGGAAAUCUAAAUGCCUUCUUUGCCAUCAUUAUGGGACUGAGUAACCCAGCAGUGAGCAGACUCAGUCAGACGUGGGAGAAACUUCCCAGCAAGUUUAAGAAGUUUUACGGAGAAUUUGAAAACCUGAUGGAUCCAUCCAGAAACCACCGGGCAUAUCGACUCACAGUCGCCAAACUGAACCCCCCCGUCAUUCCCUUCAUGCCACUGAUAAUAAAAGAUAUGACAUUCGCUCACGAGGGCAACAAAACAUUUAUCGACAAUUUGGUCAAUUUUGAGAAAAUGCGCAUGAUAGCUAAGAUAGUGAAGACAGUGAGGUAUUGUAGGAGUCAAACAUUCAGCCUGGAUUCCCCUCUGACCGGGAAGCAUCACCCUGACGUUUGGACCUACGUCCGUCAGCUCAGCGUGAUCGACAACCAAAGGACCCUGACUCAGCUCUCUCAUGGACUCGAGCCACGCAGGUCUUGAAAGCAGUCGGGGGCCAGGAACGUUUUCCCCUCUGACGCUGCUUCACGACGUGACGCAGCACUCAUAGUCAUGUCAUUUUUACUCCCGACACAGGCAAUCACAUGGAGGACCUGACGAGGUGUCUGAUAAUGAGAUAUUGUUUCAGCAACGUCUUGAGCCUUUUAUUACAGUCAUCUGUGAUUUUUCAACAAGUGUAAUUGUUGUGGGAUGAAGUACCUCUUAUAUGGGUGUCAUGCAGAUAUCAUAUCAUAUCCAACCCAAACAGGCAAAUGAAAUAAUGUUUCUGGGUGUUCGGGUCUAAUUUAUUGGAUCAUUUUGUAUAAUCUCAGAUGUAAACAAAAUUAGAUGUUUCAGUCUUUAUAUUCCUGAUAUUCAUUUAUUUUAUAUCUUUUACAUCAAAGGGGUUUUUUACUCUUAUUUAGGUGUGUUGUAAAUUGUGUACAGAUAUUUAUUUGACUUAAGCAUGACAUUAAUUAUAAAUUCAGCAUGUCUUUCUUCAAAAGCCUCAAAGAUGUAAAAUGAAACAUUUUAAUGUAUUUGUGUACAGUAAUGCAGUUGGUAUCUACUGUUUUAUUAUUAUACUGUUUACAAUCAUAGUGUGUUAAAUGUUGUAUAUAUUCCAACUUUACUAGUGUGCAGUUAUAGUUUUUAAAACAUGUAAUAGAUCAUUUUGUGAAUUUUUGAAGAAGUCUAAACAUCUCAUCUCGUUUGUUUUUUGUAUUUUUAACCUGUUUUCUUUGUGUUUUCUGAAAUAUCAUCACCUAAAAAAGGCAAGGAGCACAGAAUUUGAAGAAUCAGAUGAAUUUAUAAAAGUAUUAAUUGUAACCCAUGUUUUGUCUCCUGAGGUUUUAUGAAAUCCAAUCUAAGGCUGCACGGUUGAGCAGUUGGUAGCAGUGUUGCCGUGCAGGAAGAAGGUAAGGGGUUUGAAUCCCAGCUGAGGCCCUUUCGGCAUGGAGUUUACAUUUUUCUGCUGGGAACACUGGGUUCCUCUUAUAAUCCCAAAUCUUGCCCAUUAAGCUAACUCUAAAAUUAAAACUCUGGAGAAGGUUUCAGUCUCCGCUCCCUGUGUCCCUGUGAGGAGUAAAUAGGUACAGAAAAUAGAUGAAUGCAAAUCCGUGAACAUUUAUAGAGUACAAUUUAAUUGUUGGAGCUCAUCAGGAAUAACUUUUUAUGUUGGAAAUUGAUUGGGCUCUUAAAAUCUAAAAAAUAAGUAAGUCUAUCUUAUUGCAAGAAAAUAAUGUCACACUGAAAAAUGUAAAGUUUUCUAGCUUUGGAUAUUCUUUUAACAUCCUUAACCAUCCAUCUUCCUGUGCGGAUGAUGAAGAUGAACUUGGGUUCUUGUCCAGAUUUGUUUGUCACAUGUCCAGUUAUUUAAAGCUUUUUACUGAAUAAAAUGUAUUUAGCAGCUUCAGAAAGUAAAGUAAAAAUUGCCAACGUUUGCCUCAAGCACAGGAUCAACAAUGAAUUCAGCUGAACAGUAUUUGAAAAAAUCUUCUGGAAAAAAAAUUACCAGAAUGUGAAAUUUACAUUUGAUUUCAUAAUUUACUCAAUCUAAACAUUGUAAUAAUUUCACUUUUUGACUUGAGUUAUUGAAAUAAAUAAACUUUUCAAUUAUUUUUCAACUUA